AUGAGUUUCGCCAUCUACGACCUCGAGGAAGAUGUGCGUAGCCUACUACAGCUCGACAACUUUCUCGACGGAAGAACAACGACCGAGUUUGUGGAGGAAUUGAGUAAAGAUCACAUCCGCAAGGGCGCCGAAGUCAACAACCUAGAGUAUCUAGAUCCAAAGCCAUACAUCCGUACUUUUGAGUCGACAUUGAGACAUUUGAAGCAGCUCUCCGAGGAAGCCCAACGCCAGAAAGUUGCUGCGCAGAAGGAAGUGGAGGAUUAUGAGCUCAAUCACUCCAAGAAUGUGCUUCAAUUAUCAUCGCAGGUCCAAUCCAUCGUGUCGGAGUUUGACCAGUUGGACCGCGAAAUCUCUAGCAUCAGUAAGAAAAUCGAUCCGCUCAACCAGGCUUUGAACAAAAUCACCAACUCGCGGGAGCGCUCCAUGGAAGCCAUCUUCUUGAUUCGUGCCUACCAUGGCUUUUACACCAAGGAGAAGUACGAGCCUCUUGAGAAGCUCCGCGUGGCUAACUCCAUGGACCAAAAAAUGAAAUGUGCUACAACUGUCAAGAAUCUCAUAAGAUUGGCAAAGAAAAUAAAUAGUCUCACAGGCAACAUACCCAAGGUGGCCAAAUGUGAAGUGACCAUUGAGAAAUACGGUGAAACCAUGGAAAAGGCUCUCAUUGAUCGGUUUGAAGUUGCAUCUGAGAAUGAAGAUUAUGAAGAAAUGGGCCGUAUCGCUAAACUUCUCUUCGAGUUCAACGGAGGCAGUAGUGUUGUUCUGGCUUUCAUCAACAUGAGUGACUUGAUCAUUGACGAUGAAACCGAGACUGAAGGCGUCGUAUCUCUUCUUGAUAAUGAUGAUUUAUGGAAAGCUUUGGAUGAUCCAAGCACUCAAGUACAUGACCUCUUCAAGAAUGAGGCAACAGAACAUCGUUUGAACUCACUUAAAGUAUCCAUCAAAUUCCAUGCUCGUAUCAUGCAAACUGUGUUCGAGAACCCGACCCCUGUGUUCAAGAUUAUGAUACAAAGAAUCUAUGCGCAGAUGAUUCUGAAUAAAGUGUCCACUCUCCUACUGUACUCACAACAGGCAGGGUCUCUAGCGCAUGUACGAGUACUACAUGAUCUUUAUAUCUUAAUUGGCGAUUUCACAAAAGACAUGAAAGACUUUUUCGUCACCAAUGAGUUCGAUGAGAACAAUGAUAUUGGGAACACUUUGGACCAGUGCUUUGCUGAUUUGUUCAUCGAUACACUCUCUGACAAUUCAUAUUUCAAUCUCGAAAAAGAAAUGCUUGAAAACGUUAUUUUCGGUAUUGCUCAUCCAUUUAAUUCGGUCAAUGAACGUGCUUUGUCCAGAAAAGAAUUGGAAACAAAGCUACAGGGCAUCGAUAACGAGUCAUCCGCGUUGAACAUGAGUGUUGUGGGCACUCAAACCACUGUCCAAGAACAUAGUAGAUUCAACCUUGUGGAGAGCAGAAGAGUGAGAAAAUUCAGAGAGUUUAUGAAGACCCGUCUAGACAUACUGAGAGAACGUGUCGAAGCUCCUUCAAAAGAUCAAGAACUUCCUAGCAUAUCGCAAACAAGAGUCGUCUUAUCGUUGGCCAUCGAGACAAUCGCUAGAGUUCUUGAGCUCUCACCACACAAAGCCGCUGAUUUCUCUCUCGAAAUUCUCGAGCUCCUUGUUUUAGACUUCGGAGGACUCUACGUUGCAUGUGGGUUAGAGGUUGCAUAUGAUACAGCUGUCCAGGAAAAGGCAAAUGCAACUACGGCGCAGACAACAAGACUAGAUUGUUUGCGAAUUUUCAGUCUUACUAGCGAGAUUCUUUUCAUGCUUUCUUCAUGCAUCAAAAGCAUAUUGCUUCCCUGUACUGUAAACAACUUACCGGUGAGAAGCCGGAUGAUCAGUUUGACAAAUACAUUCAUCCAAAAAUGCGAGUUGUCAUUGAAUCUCAUCCUAGAGAGUGUUAUGGGAUAUGUUACUGACCGCAUAAGCCACUUACUAACUACCCAGAAGAAAAAAGAUUUUGUUUGCGAAAUGAUAGACUCCAACCAAGACUACACUGAAACAUGUGAAGCGAUUUCUGAUUUCCUCAUUCACACACAAGGAUUGUUGAAGGUUCAUCUAACAAAUGAAAACUACACUAACUCUCUUAUCAAAAUAGGAAUGAUUACCUUGAACCUUAUACUGGACCAUUUCAAGAGAUUCCAAGUCAAUACUACGGGUGGUAUUGUUCUCACUCAAGACGUCAUUCGUUACCAAUCAGUCAUUGAUUCUUGGGAAAUUGCAGAGUUGAGCGAAAAAUUCCAGCUCUUGCGAGAGAUCAGUAACUUGUUCACAGUACAACCUAACCUCAUCAACUCUUUGAUAGUUGAAGGUCACUUAGCGGGUCUCAAGAUAUCUACUGUGAGACAAUAUAUUUCAAAACGUACUGAUUUUACACCAAGCUACCUUGAAAGAAUUUUUGGAAGGAAGUAA